CAACGCAACGCAACGCAACGCACGAUGGCGGACCGUCACCUCCUCCUCCUCCUGUCCGUGGCCAUCGUCGCCCGCCUCGCACCCAACGCUGCAGGGGAACCGUGGCCAGCGUGCGGCGACACCGGCAGCUUCGCGGCCGGAAGCAGCUACCUCGCCAGCCUCCAAUCCAUCGCCGCCACCCUGCCCGGCAACGCCUCCGCGUCGCCGGACCUCUUCGCCACCGCCGCGGACGUCGGCGCCAUCCCGGAGCAGGUCUCGGCCCUCGCCCUCUGCCGCGGCGACGCCGACGCCAGGUCCUGCCGUAGCUGCCUCGCCCAGGCCUUCCGCGCCCUCCCGGACGCCUGCGCCGGCAGCAAGGACGCCACCAUCUUCUACGACACCUGCACGCUCCACUACUCCAACAUCCACUUCCUCACCGACGACAGCUCCUGGCCGAACCCGUCUCUGCUGGAAAAGAACAGCAUCAGCGUCACGUCGGAGCCGGCCAGGUUCAACCUCGUCGUCGCCGCGCUCCUGAACGCCACGGCCGACUACGCCGCCAACAACUCCUCGCGGCGGUACGCCGCCGGGGAGGCCGGCUUCAACCGCGAGUACCCCAAGGUGUACAGCAUGGCGCAGUGCACGCCGGACCUGACGCCGGCGAGGUGCCGGAGCUGCCUCGCCGACAUCAUCGCGGGGAGUAUUGGUUUCUUUGCGAGCUUAUCCGCCAUCGGGGGCAGGACGCUCGCGAUCAGGUGCACCUUCCGGUACGAAACGGCACCCUUCAUCAGUGGGCCGCUCAUGGUGUCGCUAGGAGGAACACCGGCGCCUGCGCCGGCGCCGAGGGUUAAUGUGACGCCGGCGGCGGCCAGAGGGCGAAAGUACAGCGUGCCUGCCAUGGUUCCUCUGGUUUUGCUGCCUAUUUUAGCAGCCAUAAACCUUGUGGCUUGCCUGUGUCUCUGGAGGAGGCGGAGGCGUCCAGUGACAGAAGGAAAACAGACAUAUGAAAGUUAUUCAACUGGAGCAGAGGGCAUGGAGAGCCUAGAGUCCAUGCUCAUGGACAUAUCUGCCUUACGAUCUGCGACUGGGGAUUUCGCAGAAAGCAACAAGCUUGGAGAAGGAGGAUUUGGUGCCGUGUACAAGGGUACUCUACCAGACGGGUCUGAAAUUGCAGUGAAGAGACUGUCAGACUCCUCAACGCAAGGAGGGGAAGAGCUGAAGAAUGAGCUCGAUUUGGUUGCCAAGCUUAAGCACAAGAAUCUCGUCAGCCUCGUGGGUGUCUGCUUGGAGCAACAGGAGAGGCUGCUCGUCUACGAGUUCGUUCCUAACAGGAGCCUCGACCUCAUACUUUUCGACACCGUCAAACGUGAACAACUUGACUGGGAAAAGAGGUACAGGAUCAUCAAUGGGAUCGCCCGCGGCCUACAGUACCUCCACGAAGAUUCUCAUCCCAGAGUGGUGCAUCGGGAUCUCAAGGCGAGCAACAUUUUGCUGGACGCCAACAUGAACCCCAAGAUUUCAGACUUCGGCCUCGCGAGGAUCUUCGGUCGAGACCAGACGCAGGGCGUCACCAGCAAUGUCGUCGGCACACACGGAUACAUGGCGCCCGAGUACGUGAUGCGUGGGAAUUACUCUGUCAAAUCAGAUGUGUUCAGCUUCGGCGUCAUGGUCCUUGAGAUCCUAACCGGGAGGAAGAACGAAGGCAGCUCCAACUCUCGGCAUCAAUCUCAAGGUUUAAUGGCCAUGAUAUGGGAACAUUGGACGGCCGGAAGAGUGGCGGAGAUCAUUGACCCGGCCAUGAACGGCGUCUUCUCGGAGGACGAUGCGCGGAAGUGCGUCCAGAUAGGGCUCCUGUGCGUGCAGGGAAACCCGGUGGAUCGGCCGGUGAUGUCAUCGGUGGUCAUGAUGCUAGGGAGCGACACGGUCUCCCUACAGGUCCCCUCCAAGCCGGAGUUCUUCGGCCGCAAUGGUGGCGCCAAACCCGGCAUUAUCGCGUCUCAUGCGGCGUUAACUGUGUCAGUGCAGGACGAGUCUUAGAUAGACUACUCUUAGUUAGGUCACACAAUUUUACUACUUGUAUUGGUCGCCGAAUUUUAAUACUAUUCACACGAUCGAGAGAAGGACGUGUUAACUGUUUUUAGCUACCAUGAAUGAAUUAUGUGAAAGCAGCCGAUUGUGGAUUUUGGAUCGGGAAAUUUUGGAUCGCGAAAAGUGUGUUGUAUACUUGUAUGAGGACUUCGAUUGUAGUACUCACUUGAACCUUAUUACACAAAGAGAGCAGUUACGUCGUCA